AUGGUCUUUGACAAAGCUGCCGUUGAAGACUACUUGGAAAAUACAGUUAUUGCAAAAUGUGUGGAUUGCUUCUUAGAGAUUCUCAGUUCUGUUCUCCUGUUUGUUCCAUGUAGUAAAGAAUGGGAAGAAUUAUUUGUAAACAACAAUUACUUGGCAACGAUACGGCUGAAGGGGAUUAAUGGGCAGCUGAGAAGCAGCAGGUUCCGUAGUGUUUGCUGGAAGCUAUUUCUGAAUGUUCUACCCUCUGAUAGAAAUCAUUGGAUCACAAAAACGAUAAAAUUAAGAGCAAUGUACAAUAAUAUAAAAGAAAUUCAUAUUACAAAUCCUCGGAAAGCUGGACAGCAAGACUUAAUGAUCAACAACCCACUUUCACAGGAUGAAGGGAGUCUUUGGAACAAGUUUUUUCAGGACAAAGAACUUCGAGGAAUGAUUGAACAAGAUGUAAAACGAACGUUUCCUGAAAUGCAGUAUUUCCAGGAAGAAAAUGUGAGAAAAAUUCUUACAGACGUUCUCUUCUGUUACGCUCGGGAAAAUGAACAGUUACUUUAUAAACAGGGCAUGCAUGAACUCUUAGCACCUAUUGUCUUUAUUCUGCAUUGUGACCACCAAGCUUUUCUACAUGCAAGUGAAGCAGCACAACCAAGUGAGGAAAUGAACGUUCUUUUGAAUCCUGACUACCUGGAGCAUGAUGCAUAUGCAAUGUUCACCCAUCUAAUGAAAACAGCAGAACAUUGGUUUUCAACCUAUGAACAUGACAGUCAAAAGGAAAAAGAUGCUGUGAUGACCCCUAUUCCAUUUGCAAGACCACAAGAUAUAGGUCCAUCAAUAGCUAUUGUUGCAAAAGUUAACCAGAUCCAAGACCAUUUGCUAAAGAAACACGAUAUUGAGCUCUACAUGCAUCUGAACAGGCUUGAGAUUGCACCACAGAUUUAUGGACUGUAA